UACAAAUAUGCCUGCUUCGGAUCAGCUAGAUUUGGCAUUGGCCUGGAACCAGAUAGAUAUUGCCAAGAAACACAUACUGGUUUAUGGACAACGCUGGAAGGUUGGUGCCUUGGAACAGGCAAUGCUGAAUGCUUUAGUGAUGGACCGUGUGGAUUUUGUGAAGUUGUUAAUAGAGCAUGGAGUGAACAUGCACCGUUUUCUUACCAUAUCUCGUUUGGAGGAACUCUACAAUACAAAGCAAGGACCAUCAAACCUACUUUUGCAUCACCUAGUUCAAGAUGUGAAACAGAAUACUCUUUCUUUGGAUUACAAGAUAUCACUGAUUGAUAUUGGGCUGGUGAUAGAAUACCUCCUUGGUGGAGCUUACCGGAGCAGCUACACAAGGAAGCAUUUCCGAAUUCUCUACAAUGACCUCUGCAGGAAACACAAGAGAGUGCUUUCCAGCUUUUCCCAGAGCCUGUCUCAUUCUCUUCAUCAGAGUAAUCAGUCGGCUAGCAGAAUGGGAUCUGCUGAAAGUACUUUGCAUUCUCAGUUCUUCAGAACAGCACAGCCUUACAAAUACAAGGAAAGAACCACUGCUUUCCAUAAGUGUAAGAAGAAAUCAAAAGAGGGUAUAAGCUUUGCAGAGAACUAUGAGUCAUCUGGCUUUAUAUACCCCUAUAAUGACCUCCUGGUUUGGGCAGUAUUAAUGAAAAGGCAGAAGAUGGCAAUGUUCUUCUGGCAGCAUGGAGAGGAAGCCAUGGUCAAAGCCGUUGUGGCUUGUAAACUCUACAGGGCAAUGGCACAUGAAGCUAAACAGAGCAACAUGGUGGAUGACACUUCAGAAGAACUGAAGAAGUAUUCAAAGGAAUUUGGGCAACUUGCCUUAGAUGUGCUGGAGAAAGCAUUCAAACAAAAUGAGCAGAUGGCCAUGAAGUUGCUGACCUAUGAACUAAAAAACUGGAGCAACUCAACUUGCUUAAAACUAGCAGUGUCUGUGGGGCUGAGGCCUUUCGUGUCCCAUACUUGCACACAGAUGCUGCUGACUGAUAUGUGGAUGGGACGCCUGAAGAUGCGGAAGAACUCCUGGUUUAAGGUCAUUAUGAGUAUUCUCCUGCCUCCCACCAUCUUGAUGCUGGAGUUUAAAAGCAAGGCAGAAAUGUCUCAUGUGCCUCAGUCUCAAGACUUCCAUCAGUUCACAUGGUACCAUGGGGAUCAGAGCCCAGUGAGCUCUAAAGAUGCCUCAUCUCUGGAUUAUGAUGUGGAGAAGGUUGCUCAGAAGUCUGAUGAAAGCCAAGUAGACGGUGGACAAGGAAACCUGCCUGGGACCAGAAAAUUCUAUGAGUUCUACAAUGCACCAAUUGUCAAGUUCUGGUUUCACACGAUGGCGUACAUGGUUUUUCUCAUGCUCUUCACUUACACUGUACUGGUGAAGAUGGAACCAAGACCAAGUGUGCAAGAGUGGCUUGUUAUCAUUUAUAUUUUCAGCACUGCCAUUGAAAAAGUCAGGGAGGUAUUUAUCUCGGAACCUGGAAAAUUCCUCCAAAAAGUGAAGGUGUGGAUUUAUGAAUACUGGAAUUUUACUGAUUCUAUAGCUAUCAUCCUAUUUAUGAUUGGUUUUGGCUUGCGCUGGUCCAAACCCCCUGUUCAAACUGCGGGGAGGCUACUUUACUGCUUGGAUAUAAUAUUUUGGUAUGCUCGGCUCCUUGAUCUUUUUGCUGUGAAUCAGCAUGCUGGCCUAUACCUGACAAUGAUUGGGAAAAUGACAGCAAACAUGUUCUAUAUUGUAGUUAUGAUGGCCAUAGUCCUGUUGAGUUUUGGAGUGUCACGAAAGGCAAUCCUUUCACCAGAAGAACCUCCUUCUUGGACUCUGGCACGAGACAUUGUAUUUCAGCCUUACUGGAUGAUGUUUGGUGAGGUCUAUGCUGGAGAAAUAGAUGUCUGUGAAACCAAUGAAGACUGUCCUCCCGGUUCCUUCCUCACGCCGUUCCUCCAGGCUGUCUACCUCUUUGUGCAGUAUAUCAUCAUGGUCAACUUGCUGAUUGCUUUCUUUAACAAUGUUUAUUUUGAUUUGAAAUCCAUAUCAAACAAGCUCUGGAAGUACAACAGGUACCGCUACAUUAUGACUUACCAUGAGAAGCCAUGGCUGCCUCCACCAUUCAUCCUUCUGAGCCACAUUGGACUUCUGAUAAACUGCAUUUUCCACCAUCAACCUCCAGAUGAGAUGGAUCAAGAGGAAGGCGAUGUUGGACUAAAGCUGUACCUGAGUGAUGAGGAGUUAAAGAAGCUCCAUGACUUUGAGGAACAGUGUGUGGAAAAAUAUUUUCAUGAGAAGAAUGAAAGCCUGAGUUCCAGUGACAGUGAAAGAAUUCGUCUGACAACAGAAAGAGUGGAGGAGAUGUUUCUGCAGCUUAAAGAAGUGCAUGAGAAAGUAUUUUGUAUCAAGGAGUCUUUACUUUCCCUGGACAGCCAGCUAGGACAUUUACAAGACCUGUCUGCCUUGACAGUGGACAUCCUGAAAGUGCUUUCAGCUGUAGACACCUUGCAGGUGGAAGAAGCCUUACUGGCUGACACAAAGCUUCAAAGCUGUAGGAAGCUGCCCCAUAGCUGGAGCAAUGCGCUCUAUUCCAAGACCUUGAGCAGCCUGGAGUGUUUGUAUGAUAAGAAAUACCACUACUACAGCAUGCCAUCCUCCCUUUUACGGAGCUUGGUAAGGAGUCAGUGGCCAUCAGAGUGCAAAGACCAUGUAUUUAGGGUGGAGAGCAACAAGGUAGAAGACAGCUCUCAAAAGAUAGAGAUAGAAAGUGACACACUCACUUCAGGAGUAUCUUCUGAGACUAAAUCAACCCCUAGAUAUGGACAAUUUUUGCUGGUGCCCCCUGACAAUCAGGGAGGGUCUUUCUCUGAGGAUGUCACCUUAAAUUUGUCUUUCUUGAGCACUCCUGACAAGUACAAGGACCAUGCAUUCAGAGGUGAACUGAGUAGCAUUGUUGUGCAGCAGAAUUUGCAGAGUGUCAGCCUUGUUGGAAAAAAGCCAGAAGAUUAUGAAUGGAACCAGAGAGACUUUGUUAUUCAUUUGCUGUCAGAAAAGACUAAUGCCAUAGAGGCUGAUCAUUCUCUUGGUCUUCACCCAUCACUGGAUAUGGAAAAGAAUGCAGCACCCUUCUGUGAUGACAGGUUAAAAACUAAAGAUGGUUAUGUGAACUGGGGAUUUUCUGAAGGUGAUGAAAAAGGGGUUUUUAGCUCAGAAACAAAGAAGAAGGCCCUGUGCAUACAUUCCACCUAUAACAGUGACUGCAGUUGCACUGGUAGUCCUCCCGGGCAUGUCCAGAUAAGAGAAUCAAAGCCCUUCUGCAACUCAGAGAGGUCACAUCGCAGAAGCUUCAUCUCUCACAACAAGCUGAAACGCAGCACCUCCUUCUGGAUCAGCCCACACUGGAGGGACUGGAGUUUCUGCAGGAGCAACAGCUUACAGUCCACUAAGAAAGAGAAAAGAGGGAAAUCCUGCAAGGCCAUUGGUGAGUCUUUACAAUCCAGUGAGCUACACCACAGUGAGGCAACAAAAGCACAACAACAAAACAGAGACAGAAAGUCUGGGAGAGAAAAGAAGAACCAAAAAACUCUUCAGGUGCCGGUGAUUAGAGUGGAUGGUUGUCCCCAGAACACCCAAGUGAGCUCAGAGCCUGCAGAGAUCAAUGUCUGGGAUGAGCAAGAGAAACACAGCAAGAACUGGCUCACCGUGUCUAAUUUCAGUCAGCUAAGUUUGGAACGUCUCAGUUGUGUGCACCAGAAAAUGAAAAAUCAAGACAUUGUUAGGCAUACCAUACCAUUCUGUGAUUACCUGAGGCAUUCUCAAGAGGAUUUGGGUAAUAGCAUAUUUGGAACCACCAAGAAAAGUAAUCAGAACAGGAGCUCAUCGUUGAGAACUUCAGAGGAAGCUGACAAUAUGUUUGCCUGCUUGAAAACAUCUCAAGAUCUGCAUCAUCACUACUCAGCUGUUGAAAGGAACAACUUAAUGAGACUUGCUCAGACGAUACCAUUUACACCAGUUCAGCUCUUUGAUGGAGAGGAAGUGACUGUCUAUCGGCUAGAAGAAAGUUCACCUAUGAGCCUUGAUAAAAGCAUGUCUUCCUGGUCCCAGCAUGGUGUGGCUGCAAUGAUCCAAGUCUUGUCAAGGGAGGAAAUGGAUGGGGGUCUGCGGAGGGCCAUGAAGGUCAUCUGUACUUGGUCUGAAAAUGACGUAUUAAAGCUGGGACAAGUAUUUAUUGUGAAGUCUUUUCUGCCAGAGGUGGUUCAGACUUGGCAAAAGAUCUUUCAUGAUGGCACAGUGUUGCAUCUCUGCCUCAGGGAGAUCCAACAGCAAAGGGCUGCCCAGAAGUUAAUCUAUACCUUCAAUCAAGUGAAGCCUCAUACUAUUCCUUAUACUCCAAGGUUCCUGGAAGUUUUCCUCAUCUACUGCCGUUCAGCGAACCAGUGGCUGACCAUUGAGAAGUACAUGACUGGCGAGUUUCGGAAGUACAACAACAAUAAUGGGGAUGAGAUUACCCCCAGCAGCUUGCUGGAAGAGCUGAUGCUGGCUUUCUCUCACUGGACCUACGUGUACACCCGUGGGGAGCUCCUUGUCCUGGAUUUGCAAGGUGUUGGGGAAAACCUUACGGAUCCAUCUGUAAUUAAACCUGAAGACAAAAAAUCUGGAAAGAUGGUAUUUGGACCAGCAAACCUAGGAGAAGGUGCAAUAAGAAACUUCAUCACAAAGCACCGUUGUAACUCUUGCUGCAGGAGGCUGAAACUUCCUGAUUUGAGAAGUGACUGCACACUGGAAAGGGUCAGUCCAGCCUUGGAAACAGAAAUGGAGACAAGCACCAGAGAAGCUGAUGAUGCAGAUGAGCCUUUGGAGUAUGAUACACGGCUGUGAAGCAGUGGUUGUGAGCAGAGCCCGUGUGCUUCCAUGUUCCUGCUUAUCACUGCCAUGGGUCAGUCCAGAAGAACAGAAUGCAGGUGUCUGAGUGCAGCAUCUGUCAGUGUUUUCUUGUUUGUUUGUGGAUUUUUAAGUGUGAAUUAGGGUUCCAAGUGGUGCUUUCUUAGGAAAAUGACUGUGACAAGCAUAUUUCCAAGGAGGAGUGACUUUAUGUUUCUCUGUCUCCUCUUUAGUAAAUAACUGAAUGUAUACACAUGUACAAAUCAUUACUUUUCAGAGGCAGACCCCACUCCGCCCCAUGUUCACUUUUCUUGGGCAUAGGAGGCUCUUCAGGAAAUUGCAGAAUACCUGCUCUAUAUUGUUGAUUUUGAUGCAGAGACAAACCAAGAAUAUAUGAGUAAUGGAUUAGUGUUUUAAACAGUAGUCAUUGAUAUAGCAAGUAGACUGAAAAGUUUUGUGGGAGCUUCAGUUUGAAUUCUUUUCACAUAACAAGAACAAGUUGAACAAUAAAGGAUUAGGUAAUUAGACCCACAAGCAUAAUUGACCUUCCUCAUUUUGAGUUCACGAAAUUAAUAAAUCUAUGCUCUUUAACACAAACAUGAAAAAUAACCUUGAAUGUGAUUCAACUUUUAACCAGGAUCAGCCUUUCUUUAUAAUAUUUUAGCUUCAGCAUGUUUUGAAGUUGUAAUUGGCAACAAAGAUUUUAGAAGUCACAAAGAAUAAUAUAUUCUGUUUGGUAUGUAACUUCUUGUUGUCAGUGUCUGGCUGUAUGUAGGACCUUCAUUUAACAGUGGUGCAGUUAUAUCUGUGCUUUUGCAGCAUCUGCAUCUGUUUCUGUUGAUAUUAUCUGAUUUCAGUAGAAGUUCACAAAACACAAAAAUCAACUGUGGAAUAUGAUUUUUUAAAGAUUGAAAUGAAGUGCUCAGGAGAAAUAUCUCUAAUACAACCACUGUUGUAUUACAGUUAACAUCUAUCAUUAAAGCAACUUUGCACUUU